AGGUGAUAAAUAUUUAUUACGCAUUCUAAAACACUCAUUUUCUGCGAGUGUUCACCUCAGCUGCCUCUCCGGAGGUCCUUGUCUUGUUGACUUUGCAUUAUCUUAAUUGUGGUCCGUGGAGGUCCUGGCACGUGUGCAGAACGCAUGUGCGCUGCUAUUUUCGUGUGCUCCGGAUGAAGUGCAGCUAAUGACUUUGUUUGCCAUGCGCCGGCUGGCGAUGAUGGAUAGCCGUCGCCAGCUGCCGUGGAAAAUUGCCUAAUGCCGCGGUGCAUUCAGUUCAGCAUCGGCCCACCUGCUAACCGGCUGGCAAUCUGGUUCGCUUGUCCAGCAAUGACACACCGCAGCCUAAAGUUUCCUUCGUCCUCACUCCUGCUGCUCCUCACCAUGAUACUCUGGCUGUUUGCAGGACCUGCGGACAGUUGCUGCCGCUGCUGUCUGGGCGAGAAUUGCAAGGACCUAAACUGCUGCCCCUGGUGUCCAAGCGCAGUGACUUUGGACUGGCAGACGAUCCGUUGAAGGAUGGAAGCCGUAGCACUAUGUAUAUAGUUUUGAUCUGAAGAACGAAAACUUUUAUUUAUUUCCCCUUUGCAUUUUUUCAAUGUCCAUCUGGGAUAGGCGAUAAAAUCGAUUGUUUUUACAUGUGAAACACAUACUCUCACUUCAUAAUUCGCAUGCAAGACUCAUCAAUUCAUUGCUCCAAAAGCAGAAGGCUGACAAAGUGUUUUCCCAAUGACUUACUCCGCCCUGCCAGUUCUCCCAGACUUCUUUUCCCAGUUUUCCCAGUUUCCCAGUUUUCCGACCGACCGUCGACUGUCGACUGAAUGACUGAGUGACGAAGAGAGGGACUUCCUGACAGCCAAUAAAUGUCACUUUGGCCGGCUGAUGCAUGAAUACAUCCGUCGCCUGCCUGGCCUGCCUGGUGUCUCCCCAAACAGGAGCUGGUAACUCACCGAAGUGGCAGCUUAUAAAGUCCUGCUGUGUCGCCCAGAUAAUUGACAGCGAUGUGACGAAGAAAUUGGGGCAGACAGUCGUCUAGAUGCGAAUUUAAAGGUAAGCAGCUGCAAAUGACUCACUCAGGGAGUCAGUCGAAUCAAAAGUUUUCAUGUCUGCAGCAGAUAGUAAAAGUAUCAAAUCAAUAAUGGGCACCACCACUAACUUGGCCAAGUCAUCGACAUGUGGAUGAGCCAUGACAAUAGUCAAAUGGCCACUUCGCUGGCUCCCUAAUUGCCAAAAAACAAUCACUAAACAGAGGUCAGCGAAAGUCAAAAGUCUAGACAGCAACUGUUACUCUCCACUCCCACCAAGCUGCCCCAUAAUCUGCUCCAUUAGUUGGCGAAAAAUGCGAAGAUGGCUAUGGAUGUGAAGAUGGAGAUGGAUAUGGAUGUGAGUAUGGAAAAUCUGCAGUAAAUUCGAUUAACUAUGCAUGCAAAUGCCAUUGAGAACAUGAGAUAUGAAAUUAAUUCGACGUACCACGACGGAACACACGUCAGGAACUCAUUUGGCCAGCAGAGCUCGAUGAGAUCCGUGUAAGCGUUAAAGCGCCGACAUGACUGCGGACAGGAAUUGCGCAUGGUGUAAUCCUCGGUGUGGAAUGGUGGAAUGGAGGGCACAGGAUGACGUGGUGAUGAAAUGGGAUGGCUCGUGGAUGGUCGUGCUGCAAACCAAAUAUUAGCUCUGCAGCUGCACUGUUUUUCAAUUAAACUAGCUGAAUGCUCCUUCAGUCGUGCAUUAAAAUGAAAAUUUAAUCACGCCAACGGCCAUGGCUGCGAAAUGAAUCACAUUCGCUGACCUGAACCUGAACCUGAACCCCACGUCUCCAUCCGCGGCAGGAAAAAUGCGAUGGAGGCGCAUACGUAUUGUGAGGAAAUAUGUAAUUAAAUUUUUCUCCCGUAUGUCAUGUCUUCGCCUCGCCACGCUGAUGGUUUUUUAAGGAGGCUUU